AUGGACCAAAUGAAGAAAGUCAUGGAGGAGAUGAAGGAGAACAUGAGGAGAACGAAUCCUUUAGAAGAUUUGGUCCACAGAACUGACUCUCCUUUUACGGCUUCCAUCAAUGGCCACCCUCUACCAUCAAAGUUCAAACUGCCUUCCCUGGACUCGUAUGAUGGGACGCGUGACCCCUUUGAUCACAUUGCAACAUUCAAGACAACAAUGCACCUUCAAGGGGUCCCUGAUGAAAUCAUGUGUCGAGCCUUCCUUACUACCCUUAAAGGCCCGGCACGAGUUUGGUUCAGUAAAAUACCCCCAAGUUCCGUAAGUUCUUUCGAAGAGUUGAGCAAAUUGUUUGUUAACAAUUUCAUCGGGGGACAGAGGCACAAGUGCUCUUCGUCCAGCUUACUGACCAUAGAACAAGGGGAGAACGAAAGCCUGCGGUCAUUCAUCACUCGCUUCAACAAAGAAGCCCUUAGUGUGGACGAGGUGGACGACAAGCUUCUACUGGCAGCCUUCCACAACGGGAUUAAUUCGGAUUUAUUUAUCCACAAGCUAUAUGAGAAGAAGCCUCAAACCAUGGCCGAGCUCGUCCAUUCGACUCAGAACUUAAUGAAUGCAGAAGAUGCGAUCAUAGCCAAGAAGACGAAAAGAGCUGAAAGGAUGGAAGCGCACCCAGCUCGACACUCAGAACAAGCCCCUCGUCCAAAGAAGGGACGGGCGGAAGAUAAGAAGGAACGAGAUAACAGGAAGACAGGUCCCUUGGGAAGAAGCCAGAAUUAUACGCCCCUGAACGCUCCACUUGAUCAGGUGCUCAUGCAAAUCAAAGACGAUCCUUCUUUAAAAUGGCCAGAGAAGAUGAAAGGGGAUCCCAAUAAGCGCAAUAAGAACAAAUAUUGUCGCUUUCACAGGGACCAUGGGCAUGACACGGAUGAGUGUUAUGACCUGAAACAACAAAUUGAGAACCUUAUCAGACAAGGAAAGUUGAGGCACUUCGUUGGAAGGGAUCAUAAAGAUGAGAAGUUGAAAGGCAAAAUAGAGGAAUCAUCCCGGCCCCCAUUAGGAGAGAUAAUGAUUAUCGUCGGAGGGAACUCGAUGGGACAAUCUUCCAAGUCGAAGAAGACGUAUCUCAAAGCGGUACAAAACGUCCAGCUCUCUGGACGAUCACCAAGGACGAGAUCAAUGGACGAGCCAACCAUUUCCUUCAUCAACGAAGAUGCUGAGAGGAUCCAUCACCCGCAUGACAAUGCGAUUGUCAUUACACUGCUUAUUGCAGAUUAUACAACCAGAAGAGUGUUAGUUGACAAUGGAAGCUCAGCAGACAUAUUGUACUACCCUGCCUUCCAACAGAUGAGGCUUGGACGGGAUCAACUUCGUCCAGUCUGCUCACCACUGAUAGGAUUUGGAGGAAUGAAGGUGCAGCCCGUGGGUACCAUUACAUUACCAGUUGUGGUAGGGUCAUACCCACAACAGAUAACCAAGGAAGUCAAUUUCCUCGUGGUAGACUGA